AUUUUUUUUUUUCAAACAACAUGCGCGUAGGCGUCAUAGUAUAAAACUGCAUGGUUGUCAGAAACACUCCGAAAUAAAACAUUAGCACCAUAAGCAAAUACGCGAGCUUCUGUUAACGAACAUGCAGUGCAAUAAACCGCAGUUUGGCGAGUGGCUGAUCGAUCAGGUGCGAAGCGGACGGUACGAAGGGCUGAGAUGGGUAGAUAACAACAGGAUCAGAAUCCCCUGGAAGCACAACUCCAGGAAGGACUGCAGCGAUGAAGACAACAAGAUAUUCAAGGCAUGGGCCGAGGCCAGUGGAAAAAUAAACGAAAAUCCUAGCGACAAAGCAAAAUGGAAAACGAAUUUUCGCUGCGCUCUGAACACUCUAAAGCAAUUCAGAAAGGUAGAGGACCACUCGAAGGAGUCCGACGACCCGCACAAGGUCUACGAGAUCGUCACGAAUGGACAUAAAGACCAGAACAGCCAGGAUUUCUCCAUGAAUGUCGAAGAGCCUUUUAUCCAAGACAUUUACAACACAGAUCCCUCAAUAUCUCAAGAUGAAAUGCAGGAGGCUUUGUCGAAUGACAUGUUUACCCUGAAUCUCAACAACCAACCAAGAGCAGAUAACUCUCAGUGGCAUGUGCCCUAUCCCAUCACCAGUGAUGUUGAGCAGGGUGGCUACUCCGGCCAACCCAUGACCAUGGAAAUCCAGCAGAUUACCCAGAGCCAGAUGCCGGUGGUGGUACAAGAGCCCUACUGCCCAGUGAAUCAGCCUGAAGUGUAUGACGUACCACCCGUACCUCCUUAUUACAAACUGGAGAUCAGCAUCUGCUACAGGAAGAAGCUCCUGGAGAGCAUCACGACCAUCAGCCCCCGGGUGCAGCUCCACUUCCGAUGUGAGGACCAGACGCUGAGGGCUCAGUCCAUCUGUCUCCCCAGCACCGAGCGCAUCCUGGACCGGCAUCAGGCCCACUAUACUGACCGCAUCCUCAACAGCAUCGAGAGAGGCCUCCUACUGGAGGUGCGCUCUACAGGCAUCUAUGGGCUGCGUCAAGAUAGGUGCCAUGUGUUUGCCUGCACCGGAAACCCCGCAGAGAUACCAAACCCCCAGCCCAACAAGCUGCCCCAGAACAGUGAGGUGGAACUGCUCAGCUUUGAAAAGUUUAUCAGGGACCUGACAGAGUUCCAAGAGAAUAAACGAGGCUCCCCAGAGUAUGCAAUCUACUUAUGCUUCGGAGAGAAAUUUCCGGACGGAAAGGCCGUGGAUAAGAAGUUAAUAACUGUCAAGGUGGUGCCUCUGGCUUGCCAGGACCUCCAUGAGAAAGCACAUAUGGAUGGAGCUUCCUCCUUGCAAGGCGAUGCUGUCAGCUUACAGAUCUCACACAACAGCCUCUUUGAUCUCAUAAACUCCACCUUCGACCUUCCAGUCGCCUUUCCCUGAAGACCAUCCCACUCCCAAACGCCUCAUCUGCUCUCGGAUGCCAUCUGGGCACUUUAGUUUCUCUGCCCAAUUAGUCUAUCCGGUGCUUCCCAAUCCGGUCCUCGGGGACCCAAAGACAGUCCACGUUUUUGGAAAAAUGUGGACCGUCUGGCAGGGAGCUCGGGGGGAGCAAAAAUGUGGACUGUCUGGCAGGGAGCUCGGAGGGAGCAAAAAUGUGGACCGUCUGAGGGUCACCGAGGACCAGGUUGGGAAAUACUAGUCUAUAGACCCAGCAGUCAAUGUGUAAUUCUUCCUGUCAUACAUUCCAAGGUCUGAAAGAUAAAAUUGCAUGCUGCAUUUGUUUAAUAGAAUCUACAGAAGCACAUAUAAACUGAGGCGCAACCCUUUUUUUGUGUGGUUAGAAAUUCAUGCUGAAACACACUCCUUUCAGAAGCACACAGUGGAAAUGUUUACAGCAGUGGUAGGUGGUCCUCAUUUGCAACAGUUUUUGGGGGAAAGAAUUAACACCUACUCUGAAUGGAAAAUAUCAGCACUUGAAUACUCCUGCGUAUCGAAUCUUUAUGUAAAUGAAAUGUAACAUAUUUGUAUGUGACAUAACUUCUUGUGAAAUAAAUGUGACAGCUAAUUUCUCUGUCUUUAAAGUCUCUGUCCUCUCACUGAAUGUCUUUUAAGAUUUAGUUUGCAAACUACAUUCCUUGUGUGUAAAUUUACCUGCAGUGAAAAUAAUAAAAGACCAAAACUUGA